GAGAGAGAGAGAGAGUUUUAAUCCGAAAGACUGCGCAGUUUAUGUGAGAGCGCAAAGUUCCGUGUGUAUUUUUUAACGUUCGCGACGCGUAAAUCAUGUAGAAUAAACGCGCAGGUGCUGCAGCUGCGAUUUUAUAGCAGUUAAAAAAAAAAAAAAAAGUACCGCUCCGGUGAGUGACUGCGUUGAAUGCGACUUUAAAAGUACAGUUUGGAUAGAAAUUGUGCUAGGCGAUGUAGACGCGUUAAAAGGUCCAGAACUGAAGUGCAUCAUGGAGGUCCGUCGAGCGCUCACGUGUGUGUUCAUCAGCGUGUUUCUGUCGACAGGAGACGCUCAGGACUCGGUACCUGAUUCAGUUUUAAACUGCUGCGAGGGCGACGUCCUCUUCCUCCUUGACUCCUCUGGUAGUGUGGCCUCCUACGAGUUCGUCCGUAUGGUGGACUUCCUCAAGGAGCUCCUGCUGCCCUUCUCUUUGGGGCCGGAUCAGGUGAGGGUGGGACUGCUGCAGGUUGGGACCGAACCCCAUCUGGAGUUCAGCUUUGACACCUACAGCUCCCAGGAUGGACUGCAGGCGGCCCUGGGGAGGACUAAACAGCUGAAGGGCGACACCAACACGGUGGAUGCUCUACUGAUGGCUAGGAAUCAGGUUUUGAGGCAGGGCGUGCCGGGAGGUGCCAGACCAGAUCUGCCACGGGUUCUGGUUUGGCUCACGGAUGGAGUGAACCCUGGCGAGGUGCAGGAACCAAUGGCGAGGCUGCGGGAAGAGGGCGUGGCCGUCCUGGUGGUUUCCACUGGUCACGGGAACUAUCAGGUGCUGAGAGAGGCUGUGAGUCCACCCGCCGAGGAGCACCUGUUCUUUGUGGACAUUGACGAUAUCAACAUCAUCAGCGAAGAAUUGAGGAACGCAAUUAUUGAGAUUAUCCGGGCCGAGAGGCUACAGGUGAAGUCGGUCACCAGCACUACUGCUCAGCUGGAAUGGAGGCCUGUGUUGGCUGGCACCGGCUACUAUGAUAUCCAGUUUGGUCCCAUCCAAACAGGGCAGACCACAGGGACGGGAGGUUCAGGCACCAGUCCUGGUACUGGUUUGGGUCCUUUUCAGAGGAUCAGGCGGCCCGGAGAUGCCAGCUCGGCUAAGCUGUUUGGCCUGCGUCCAGACACCAAGUACACAGUCACGCUCACACCGAACGCUAACCUGGAGUUCCUCAACUCUCUCCAUGCCACCUUCACUACACUGCCAGUGCAGCCACAAGUGCAGACUCUGUCCACAGUGACCGUGUCAGAGUCCAGCACUAACAGUGUGCGUGUGAGCUGGGGUCCACUGCUGCCUCACCUCAUCCAGGGGUACACGCUGGAGUAUUCAGCGCUCCCUACAGGCCUGCUGCGGGUCGUCAGCGUCAGUAACAGACAGAACUCCACAGUCCUGACCGGUCUCCAGCCUGACACACAGUACCUGGUCACUGUGAGCGCGAGACAGGCCUCCGGCAGAGAGAGAGCCAUGACGGUUAAAGUCUGUACACAGGAGGUGUUGCCAGCUCUCUCAGAUCUGCAGCUGACCACAGUGGGCAGUGAGUCAGUGCAGCUCCGCUGGAAGGGAAGAUACGAUGGUCUGCGUGGUUACUGGGUCACAUGGGAGCAAGGUCAGAGCCAGCGCUCCACCCUGUAUCUACCACCCAACCAGCUUUCCACCACCCUCAACCAUGUGCCCUCCAAGGCCCGCGUCUGUGUCUCUCCGGUGUACCGGACGGCCCGUGGGGAGGGACUCUGCUGCACUGCUUAAAUGUGUUCGGCUGCGUUGACCUAGAACUGUGGCGCACCGCUCUGCCAAACACGAAAGAUGGAGGGAUGAGCAACACCAAAAACUUCCCACAAAUGGACAGAUGGGAGGACAAGGGAGUCCAGGACACUGUAGCUGUUUGAAUAUUCAAUACCCAUAGAUGGUGAUCUUUAAACACCCCAACACAACAUGCACUGAUACGCAAACCCCAAACCAUGCUUCUAAUAAAGGAGACUAAAAGAGUCUGAACUUAAAAGUGACCUUCUGAAGAAUCAGAGAAUCAAAGUUCAGUGCUAUUGACGGCUGAGAUCUGUGGCUUGCUGUGCAUCACCGUAGACCAUUUUUGAGUUUAUAUCUCACAAUUUAUAUCUUGAGUUCACAAUUCUUUUUUCUCACAAUUGAGAUUAUAUCUCACAAUUUAGAAAUUCUUUUAUCAGAAUUCUGAGUUUACAUCGAUAUGGAAUAAAAAUAAAUAAUUGUUGCUUUUCCUUGCAAUUGCAAGAUUCUGUUACAAUUUGGACUUUGUUUCUCACAA